CCAAUUUCUCUCCUCUCAGAUUAACUGGUGUUGGGGAACUUGAGAACCAUUCACUCGACAGAGAGGCAUGAAGACUAUCUUUCUCGCCAAACACUCUCUUCAACUCUAAAUCAGAGUAUCGUCAGGUGGCAAAACAAAACCAAUGGCUCUGGUGGUGUCAGGUGGCAAAGCAGCCACGAUGCCACUUCACGGCAAUGCUCUUCCUCUAAGUAUCAACUCCAAGAAAAUAGUCCGAACUGCAUCCAAGCUAUUCUCACCCACUCUUCACAGUCCUUUCAAGUCCCUUUCCAUCAACUUCAAGCUCUGGCCUCGUGUUUCACGGUCUCUCCGUAUGGUAUCUUCUGUUUUGUCAGAGGACAGAGCUACCGAGGCUAGCGGCUCUGGGGCAGAUGCGUUCAAGCUGACAUACUUGGAGGGAAAUAGCUGGCUAUGGCAAACAUGCGGAUUGAAUAUCCUGGUUGAUCCGAUUCUCGUUGGUAAUUUAGAUUUUGGGAUCCCAUGGCUCUAUGAGGCUGCCAAGAGAUUUCUGAAAGGCUUCAAGCUUGAUGAUCUCCCUGAAGUUGAUUGCCUGCUCAUAACUCAAAGCCUUGAUGAUCACUGUCAUCUGAAUACCCUUAAGCAUUCUGAGAAAUCUCCUGGCAUUAAGGUUAUUGCAACUCCAAAUGCAAAGCCUUUGCUGGAUCCUCUUUUUAGAAAUGUCACUUACUUGGAACCUGGAGAGAGCUACGAGCUAAAUGCAAGAAACGGUUCUAAAGUUCGAGUUAAAGCCACAGCAGGACCUGUCCUUGGUCCACCAUGGCAACGCCCUGAAAACGGAUAUCUCAUUGUAUCCCCUGAAGAUCAGAUAUCUCUCUACUACGAACCGCAUUGUGUAUACAACAUGGAAUUUUUGAAGAAUGAGAGAGCCGACAUUGUAAUCACACCGGUCAUCAAACAACUUCUCCCACGAUUUACUCUGGUUUCUGGCCAAGAAGACGCAGUCCAGCUCGCAAAACUCUUGAAAGCCAAGUUUGUUGUGCCGAUGCAAAAUGGCGAUCUUGAUGCAAAGGGAAUACUAGCAAGCAUAGUAAAGAAAGAAGGAACGAUGGAAUCAUUUAAGGAAUUAUUGUCAAGAGAAGUCCCAAAAGCUCAAGUGUUGGAAGCUAUACCAGGCGUGCCGUUAGAGAUCUUGACUCCAUUUUCAGGCAUGUAGAAAGAAACGAACGGUGUACAUGAGCAUACACAGAUGUAAAUAUAUUAAGAAUUGUCGUCCCUUUUAUUUUUCUAUAUGGACGAUAAUUAUUUUUAUUGUUAUGUGCUGACUUAGGUUUCGGAAAUUUCAUCUUUUCGGACAAUAUU